CUGUGCCCUUCGCAGGAUAAUUCGCGACGCUGCGUCACGUGCCGACGUUUCACGCACCGCGAGUAAUUUUUCAAGCACACAUGUUUUAGUGGCGCUAAGCCGGACCGGUCUUAAGGUGCGGACACGCAAGUGACUUAUGCGAUGGUGAUGAAGCGGAAACAGCACAACCGGUACUUAGCCAUCGGUAUUGUGUACAUCGCCACUAUCAUCAGUCAGGCAAUGACAGAUGAUCCACGAUUUGCAGAGCCCAUCCCAAACGUUACAGUGGCCUUAGGAAGAGACGCUAGUUUACCUUGUGUUGUAGAAAAUCUCGGUACAUACAAGGUCGCUUGGAUACAUAUAGACCGACAAAUGAUUUUGACAAUUCACCGUCACGUCAUAUCCAGAGUGCCGCGAUUCAGCGUGUCCCACGAUAAUGCCAAGACGUGGCUUUUGCACGUCAGUAGCGUACAAAAAGAAGACCGGGGUUACUACAUGUGCCAAGUUAACACAAAUCCCAUGAUUAGCCAAGUAGGAUAUCUGCAAGUAGUCGUUCCUCCGAAUAUCAUUGAUGCAGAAAGCACGCAAUCUACAGUAGCUGUUCGUGAAAACCAGAAUAUAAGCUUGACGUGCAAAGCGGACGGUUUUCCCACGCCUAAAAUCAUGUGGAGAAGAGAGGAUAGUCAAGCUAUAACCGUUGAACGUCGUAAGAAAGUGAACGUAUACGACGGGGAGCAAUUGAAUCUCACCCGCAUCAGUAGAACGGAAAUGGGCGCCUAUCUUUGCAUAGCUACGAAUGGAGUUCCUCCAUCUGUAAGCAAACGAAUCAUCGUGGACGUCGAAUUUUCUCCGAUGAUUUGGGUUCCAAAUCAGUUGGUUGGGGCACCAGCCGGCACGGAUGUCACAAUAGACUGCCAUACAGAGGCAUACCCAAGAGCCAUUAGCUAUUGGGUAUACGACAAUGUCAUGCUCCUGCCUACGAAGAAGUAUGGAACUGAAACGACUGAAAACAGCUACAGGGCGCACAUGAAAUUGUCAGUGCGAAACCUCCAACCCGGAGACUUCGGUAACUAUCGAUGCAUCUCCAAGAAUUCUCUUGGGGAAACGGAAGGAUCCAUCCGACUAUACGAAAUACCUAUGCCAUCAACUCCUCCGCGAGCCACCGAAAUGAAAAGCAAUUCCAACAAGGAGAGCGCGGGGAAGCGCAACAUCAGCAGGCCUGUUAUUCCAGACGAAAGGCCCAAAGUUGUAAUGGUAUCCUCCUCGGAGAAGGACGUCUUGCAACCAGGGCCCGCUGUCGAAACCGGGUUGGGACUUUACACACCUCCAGGGCCGCAAGGAUCAGGAUGUGUCAGCAUGGCAAGGUGGGCAGUCCCUCAGUUUGCAGCUGUGAUUCUUCACUGUUUUUUGUCGGGCACGUUUUCCCUUUCUCAAAAUUAAUGUACCAUAUCAAAUAAUCCAGCUCAAAACCAACAAAAUACAAUUCCAUUUGCUCAGCUUUCUUCUAAAUUUUUCUGUUUUUAUGUAAACAUCACCGAAACAUUCCAUUGCCAACAUAUCAGUAAUUGUAACGAUUAUUUUACGUCCUAAAUUUAUAGCAAACAUAUUUUUUAUAUAGACAUUUACAAGUGUUAUGAUAUCUUACGCCCGACCCAAAAUCACAUUUUAAAUUUUGACGCCGUGCCGUUUCAGUUUGUACGCUGAUCAUUAUUUAGAGGUAAGUAAAACAUAUUAUCUCAACAACGAAAAUUGGUAACAUAUCAUGACACUACAGCGAAUUAUUUUAGAAUUGUUGUUUCCACUUUUUGUGUUGAAUUUUUUAAUCAAAUUCUAAACUAGUUUAGCCAUCCCGCACAGAUAAAAUCGACAAUAUAAAUCGUAGGCAUUUACUUUGAACACAUGAAAAAUAAAAUAAAGCUUGUCUUUUCUCACUGAGAAAAAGCUUGAAAUAAAUAGAACAUAAAUUCAAAAGCACGCUGUUUGAUCAAACGCAAAAAGUGGAGCUAAAUAUUCUAAAUAAAAGACACUAUUUACAUUUAGCACUCUUUUAGUAACCACAUUUGAAUUUUUUAAUUUGAAGCAAAUUUCUGUUGAAAAGACAAAUACCGUCAAAUAGUACAUAUCUACGCGUCUAAUUGCUAUUUUAUAAAAGAAAAGUUCGCGUAAUUGUGGAUGCACUGAAAAGACAAUCUAAAUCCACGUAAAUUCAUUCAAGAAAAAAGAAAAAUUGUUAAAUGCUAAACAAUGUGCUGAUUUCAAAGUGUGUUAGCUCUUUAAAACUUAUAUAUUUGUACAUAAAUUAUAACAUAAAGCUUACUGUAAAAUAUAUGUAUUUAGCGCCUAAGACAACAACUCUCAUUUUAUCUGCAGUAUUAUACAUGUUUAUAAGAAUAAAUUAAAAUGAUGUUUUGCUUUCACUCUCAUUUCCAUCAAAUGUGAAAGUAUAAUUUUGUACAUAGAUUUGUAUAGUGUUAUUUUGUAUUGGAAUCAAAAUUAAUUGAAAAAAGCGUCAUUGUUUUACAACAGGAAAACCGGAAUGUUAAUUUUUGUGUUCGCCACCUAGUCAUCUCUAUAAUGAAUUUAUUUUGUGUGCAAACUGUAAUAAAUAACGAAAAAUUAUGUCCUGACAAUGACUUUUACGACAAAAUUUUUCGUAACUGUAUUGUUUCAAGUGCCAAAAUAAUGAAUAAUUUAUUAUAUUUAAAGAUUUGAUACUACCUGAAAUUUUUGUUUACAAUUUAAUCAUUUCUGAUAUGCAGGUGAUGUAGCGUUGCAUCGUUAUUUUCGGCUAAAUUGAAUUUUACGACGCGAUGUAACAUCACCAGUUGCCAAAUUACGAAGCAUUUGUAAACAAAAAAAUUCGCAAAACAAUGUUUCAAUUAUUUAUAAGUAAAUUGAAUGGAAGAAAAAUUAAUGUCAACGAAUAUGUGUUGAGAUGUUUAUUUGACUGUAAAUAUUUCCAAAAUGUGAGUUUCGUUUGGUUUUUGUUUAUUUAUGAAAUGAAAUGUUAUUGUUUCUAAGAUUGUCUAAUAAGGUAAUAUAAAUAAGU